CAUGUGUCAGCUGAUCUACGAUGUUAAGGGGGAAGCUUUCCGGACUUCUGCGACUUGAUUCUUGGUGCAAAUAUGUCUCAAGAGUCCCUCAAUAUCUUUCAGAUUCGCAAUAAAUAUGAGAAACCUUACUAAAGAACUUCGCAUUGCCAUCAGUAAUGGCAAAACCGAUGAAGUCAUCCUGUUAUUGGAACAAGGAGCGCCAAUGAUCAUUGAACACUUUGUUCUUGCGACGCAGAUGGAACUUUAUGAUGUCCUCAAAUUAUUUCUGGAUCGUGGCUGGGAUAUCAACACUGAUGUCGAUAAACUUAUACCAUCUGCUCUUGUGUACACAUUUCAUGAUAUGACGCUUCUAACAUGGUUCUUGGAUCAUGGAGCCGACCCAAAUAAAAGAUGUCAGAUGCGCGAUUGUACGCCGUUGUCAUAUGCUAUUGUCGAAGCACCAUUUGGUAUCAUUGAAUUGCUUUUCAGAUAUGGCGGUUCUAUUGAUCGAGGCCAAUUGCUCCACUAUGCUGCAAUGCGCGAAUGCUCGGACAAUUUGGAAGUCUUGAAAUUCGUAUAUGAUAAAAGUCCAGAGGUAGGCGCUAUGAAAGUCAAUAAAUUGCUGGACGAAGAUUGUCCCCAAGACUUUGCAAUGAAUUUCAGAGCAGGUUUAGGUACCCCACUUCACUAUGCUGCACUCACGGGGUCAUUGGAUUGUGUGAAAUUUCUGGUGGAGAAAGGAGGAAACCCUCUCAUACGAGACCCUUACGGACGAACUGCGCUAAGUCUUGCUAUUUACAAGGGAAACGAUUUAGUGGCACAGUUUUUGCAGGAUCUAAUAAAAGCCCCUGUAUCAAAGCAAGAGGCAACAGGGCAUAGUAACGUUGGCAUAGCUGUUUGAUUCGGAGCAUCUUUGAGGAAGCAUCUUUGAAGACUUACGAAAAUUAUGGCUGCACAGUUCAGGGAUAGCCGCAUAAAUUGUAUCUUUGUAUUAGUAUCAAC